GGUCACGUGGUGCUCGGUGUGUGACUUGACAGCAGGUCAGAGGAGGAGAGAGGAGUGAAUCAUCGGGAGGAGACAAACUGAUGAGAGACACUCAGAGGACACCUGAUCUGACCUGAGACCAGCUGCAGCUUCUCAACAUCUGCAGAAAGCAGCAGGUCCCUGAACGCACCGCCGGCACUCCUCCGGCUUUUCUCAGCUUUUCUGACCGUCUGCGGUGUGAAUGAUGCCGGGUCACAUCUCAGUGUGUGAGUUCCUGUCGGAGACGACCGAGGACUACAACUCCCCCACCACGUCCAGCUUCACCACCCGGCUGCAGAGCUGCAGGAACACCGUCAGCAUCCUGGAGGAGGCUCUGGAUCAGGACCGCUCAGCUCUCCAGAAGGUGAAAAAGUCGGUGAAAUCCUUCUACAGCUCAGGACAAGAGCAUGCUGGGAACCAGGAGAGCUUCAGUCAGGCUCUGGACAGACUGGGAGGAAACCAGUCUGAACUGGGAUCAGCUUUCGUUAAGUUCUCCUGCCUCGUUAAAGAACUCGCUGCUCUGCUCAAGAACCUGCUGCAGAGUUUGAGUCAUAACGUCGUCUUCACUCUGGACUCGCUGUUAAAAGGCGACCUGAGAGGAGUCAAAGGGGAUCUGAAGAAACCGUUUGAUAAAGCCUGGAGGGACUACGAGACGAAGUUCACGAAGAUCGAGAAGGAGAAGAGAGAGCACGCCAAACAACACGGGAUGAUCCGGACAGAAAUCACCGGAGCUGAGAUUGCUGAGGAGAUGGAGAAAGAGAGGAGACUGUUCCAGCUGCAGAUGUGUGAGUAUCUGAUCAAAGUCAACGAGAUUAAAACCAAGAAGGGGGUGGACCUGCUGCAGAACCUCAUCAAGUAUUACCACGCUCAGUGCAAUUUUUUUCAGGAUGGGUUGAAAACAGUUGAUAAACUGAAGCAGUACAUCGAGAAACUGGCAGCCGACCUGUUCAAUAUCAAACAGAGUCAGGAUGAGGAGAAGAAGCAGCUGACGGCUCUCAGAGAUCUCAUCAAGAGCUCCUUACAGCUGGACCAGAGGGAGGACUCUCAGAGUAAACAGGGUGGGUACAGUAUGCACCAGCUGCAGGGAAACAAGGAGUUUGGCAGUGAGAAGAGAGGAUACCUGCUGAAGAAGAGUGACGGGCUGAGGAAGGUCUGGCAGAGGAGGAAAUGUUCAGUGAAGAGCGGCUUCCUCACCAUUGCUCAUGCUACAGCUAACAGACAGCCUGUCAGACUGAACCUGCUCACCUGUCAGGUGAAACCCAGCGCAGAGGACAAGAAGUGCUUCGACCUGAUCUCCCAUAAUCGGACGUACCACUUUCAGGCUGAAGACGAGGCAGAGUUUGUCAGUUGGGUGUCUGUGUUGACCAACAGUAAGGAGGAGGCCCUGAAUGUGGCGUUUCAGGGCGGAGGUCAGAGCUCAGUGUGGAGUGUGGAGGAGGAGGAGCUUACCAAGAGCAUCAUUGACGAGGUGCUGCGGUCGCCAGGCAACGACAUCUGCUGCGACUGUGGAGCUUCAGAUCCUCGCUGGAUCUCCACUAACCUCGGUGUCCUGACCUGCAUCGAAUGUUCAGGGAUUCACAGAGAGAUGGGAGUCCAUGUGUCCAGAAUCCAGAGUCUGGAACUGGAUAAACUGGGAACGUCUGAGCUGCUGCUUGCCAGAAAUGUUGGGAACUGUAGUUUUAAUGACAUCAUGGAGGCCGGCCUAUCAUCUCUGUCCCUGAAGCCGACGGCGUCCAGCGACAUGAUGGUCAGGAAGGAGUUCAUCAACGCCAAAUACAUCGACCGCAAGUUCGUCAGGCGCACCGUCUCCAUGGUGACCAGCAGGCUGAACGAGGUGUACGAAGCGGUGCGAUCCAGAGACCUGCUGUCAAUCAUCCAGCUGUAUGCUGAGGGGGUGGAGCUUCUGCAGCCCUUACCUGAACCAGGGAAGGAAUCAGGAGAGACGGCGUUACAUCACUGUGUGCAGACAGCUGACCCCUCCUCCCUCCACCUGGUCGACUUCUUGGUUCAAAACAGUGGUAACCUGGAUGGACAGACGGAUGGAGGAAACACAGCUCUGCAUUACUGCUGUCUGUACAACAAGUCAGAGUGUGUGAAGCUGCUGUUGAGAGGAAAACCUGACAUCACCAUCACCAAUCAGAAUGGAGAGACAGCUCUGGACAUCGCCCAAAGACUGAAGAACUCUCAGUGUGAAGAACUGCUGGUGGAGGCGGUGUCCGGCAGGUUUAACCCUCACGUUCACGUUGAAUACGACUGGAACCUCCAACUGGACGAACUGGACGAGAGCGACGACGAACUGGACAAUAAGCCCAGUCCAGUGAAGAAGGAGCGCUCCCUCCGUCCUCAGAGUUUCUGUCCGUCCUCCAGUCUGUCCUCGCAGGAGAAGCUCUCUCUGCCAGCUUCCUUUGUUCCUCUUCACAGGGACAAGCAGCGUCUCUCCUACGGGGCGUUCGCCGAACCCGUCGACAGCACCUCCGCUGACACGCCUCCGUCCCCAGGGCCUGACACCUCAGGACCUUCACCUGCUGCCAGGAGCCAUGGCAGAGGCCCUGUCACCGGCCCGCCCACCUCCCUGCCCCUCACGUCCCACAUCAGUGGAGGAGGAGGAAGCUCCACCCUGAAGAAGAGACCCCCUCCCCCUCCACCUGGACACAAGCGCGCCCUGUCUGACCCUCCCAGCCCAGUCCUGCAGGGAGUCGCAGGUAAAGGAAGUGAGCUGACCCCCCCACUGGGAAACAGGACACCACCUGCCAACAAGUUUGAGAGAAUCCAGCAGCAGCAGAGCACCACCUCCAGUAACACCAAGUCCACACUGGGACCCAGAGUUCUGCCCAAACUACCUCAGAAAGUGGCUUUGAGGAAGAUCGACACCAUCCACCUCCCCUCUGUGGACAAACCCAGCCAGCCUCCUGACCUCCUUCACAAACCCUCCUCCUCCUCCUCCUCCUUCUCCUCCCAGCCUGACCCCCAGAAGUCUCCUUCCUUCAUUGACGCCUCCCCUAAACACCCCCUCACCCCGGUAGACUCCGCCCAGAGAGCCCCAUUAGCUGAGAAACCCCCAUCAUCCAACCUCCCCCCCAAACCUCACCUAUCUGACCUCCCCCCAAAGCCCCUCUUCAAAGACCUCCCACCCAAACCGCCACUCAGCGAAAGGCCCUGCCCCUCCCCUGUUGCUAUGGAGAUGCAGGGAUCCAGGCUGGUGGUGGCAGCAGAGAGCCAGCAGGAGGAGGCAUCACCUCGGCCGGCAGCUGAAGAUACUGAUGAGGCUGUGGAGACGCCCGUCCCUCUGCCACGUAAAAUCAACUCUGUGAAGACUAAAAUCCGGCGGGUGAAAACCAUCUACGACUGUCAGGCUGACAAUGACGAUGAGCUGACCUUUGCUGAGGGAGAAGUCAUCAUUGUCACUGGAGAGGAGGACCAGGAGUGGUGGAUCGGACACGUCGAGGGACAGCCGGACAGAAAAGGCGUCUUCCCCAUGUCCUUCGUUUACAUCCUCUCUGACUGACAACCACAGAGACAAGUGUGAGGCCGCCGCCACCGCCGCCACAAGCCCCGCCCACACACAGAGGUCACACAGGUGACAGUGGCUGGAGUCAGUUGGUCAGUGAUGCCAACAGGAACAAACUAACUGCACCUGGAUGUAAAUAGACUAUUAUUCUGCCUGACAGUCUUACCAUAGCAACAGUGUUACCAUAGCAACCCAGCAUGCAGACCCAAGCGGGCCAGUAGCAAAACAAUCUGCAGAGUAGGAAAAGGUCAGAGGUCACUGGGAGCAGGAUUCUGAUUGGACAGCAGCUCGUCUCACCACCAGCCAAUCACAGAAGCACAACUGAAGGAAAGAGGCACAACAUCCAUCUGACGUCUGUCUCUGUCCUUUGUGUCCGUCCAGCUUGUCCUGGCUCCCAACUCGUCAAAAAACAGAGCUUUGUCAGUGGACACUGGCGUCAGACACGGACGCAAAGAGGCGCCUCACCCUGAGAUGCAGUCAGUUUGUAAUGUUGCCAGCAGCAACCGUCACAUAAAGAGUGAGUCUGUAAUCAGAGGACGGGGAUGGAGGUGGACGAGACCAAUAGACACUGAACCUUCACCCUGGACGCCGCUGUUCGUGUCACGUUUGAAUUUUAAACCAAACCAGGAUGUUUUUUUUAAACCUAACUGCGUGAUUUUUUUUUCCUGAACUGAAGGAAAUAAAAGUAAAUUUGAGGUGUUUCAUAGACGCUGUAACUUUAUUUUGAAAAGGCUGUUGGCAUGUAAUGAGCACAAACUGAGCACUUCCUGUGAAAACAGAAGUUUAUUUUGAAAAAAAACAAACAAAACACGAUGAUGUAACAAACUGAAACACUGUCCCUGGACGUCUGUAACAGAGCCGUGCAGGUCCAAUGACAAGGAGUCGGUAAUUGAUGAGUUGGGAUGAGAACGUGUCGUCCUGUCUCACCUCAUGCAGAGGAAAUGGCAGCGACGUCCUCAUCCUCCUCACAGCUAAGCAGGAGCACUUCCUGUGUGUGGAUGUCCACAGAUCAUGAACCUGAGUGGCUGGACUGAUGCAGUCUGACUGUUUCCUGUUUACCUGUGUCAAACAGCCAACUGGCUUCAUCUGUUGGCAUCAGAAACUGAAGGUCAUUCACAAAACAGACUCGCCAUCAAUAGGAGGCGUCAUGUCGGGAGAGACUAAUGUGCGGGUAAAGGUAGCGAGCAUUCAGUGUACGUCUCCACAGACAGAGGUGUUAGGGGCAAUAGCAAGUGAACCCAAAUGCAGACACGAGCGGGAGCCAGGAAUCAGUUAACUGUAUUUAUUGUAGAGCCAGGGAUACAGGGGUUGGAGGUAGGGCAGCAGGUUGGGGAGCGGAUCCAGAGGAGUUGAGGGAGAGCAUGAGACUGAAGAUACACAGGAGCAAAAAUUAGUCACGGGAAAAACUUCCAAAAAACAGAGCACAAAUUCAAGGCUUGAGCGUAACACUAACUAUGUAGAGAUUACAAUCUGGCGAGUGGAGAUGGCAGAGCUGAGUAUAAGAAGAGGUCUUGAUUAUGGCAAUGAGGUGCACCUGGUGGCUCCGCCCUGACUCCGGCAUACCUGCAGACACAGAGAGAGAGAGAGAGAGAGAGAGAGAGAGGAGGGGGAGGAAGACGGCUACUGUGACGUCAUUCCAGGGGCCGAUGUAACAGUACCCCCCCCUCUAUGGGCGCCACCUGGCGUCCGACCAGGCUUGUCAGGGUGGGUGGCAUGGAACUCCCAUACGAGGGAGGGGUCCAGAAUCUAUUUAUGGGGCACCCAGCAGCGCUCCUCGGGUCCUUUUCUUUCCCAAUCCACUAAAUACUGUAAACCACGGCCCCCCGUGGCGCACAUCCAACAGCCGUCGAACUGUAUAAGCCAGAUGGUUGUCGAUCAUCCGGGGUGGUGGAGGCACUGCAACAGGAGGGGACAAAGGGCUGCAGCGGACAGGCUUAAUGAGGGAAACAUGGAAGGUGGGGUGAAUCCUGAGAGAGGUUGGCAGUUUUAGGCGUACAGCAGGGGGAUUAAUGACACUCAAUUUCAAAAGGACCAAUGAACCGAGGGGCAAGUUUCUUUGAGUCAACUUUCAGGGGGAGAUCCUUGGAAGAAAGCCAUACCUUUUGGCCAGGGGCAUAUACUGGAGUGGGGGCAGGAUGACAGUUGGCUUGAAUCUGGGACCUGGUGGAAGCACGGAGAAGAGCAGCCCUAGCCUUGGGAUUGAAGGUACUGCAACCUCUGCUUCCUGAGAUGGGAAUUGCGGGGGUUGGUAACCGAGUGUGCAUUCAAAAGGUGACAUACCAGAGGAAGCGUUGACCAGGGUGUUGUGGGCGUAUUCCACCCAAGCCAGUUGUGCACUCCAGGAGGAUGGGCUGGUGGAAGUCACACAACGUAGAGCUGUUUCCAUCUCUUGGUUGGCCCGCUCAGUCUGGCCGUUAGACUGUGGGAAAGGCUGAGGAAAGGCUGACAUUAGUGUCAAGGGCAGAACAGAAAGCUUUCCAUACCUGGGAGGUGAACUGAGGUCCUCAGAGACGAUGUCAGAAGGGAUGUCAUGCAGACGAAACACAUGAGUAACCAUGAGGUCAGCAGUCUCCCUGGAGGAGGGGAGCUUGGGUAUGGCAAGCCGGCGGCGGGUUUAGUUGAGGUCUUGUUUUGGGCACAGACCGAGCAGGCAGAGACAAACUCUGGAACAUCCCUCUCCAAGGAUGGCCACCAGAAGCUGCGACGCAGGAAGGCAAGUGUCCGAUUAACACCAGGGUGGCAGGUCAGAUGGGUGGAAUGGGUCCACUGGAGAACAGCAGAGUGUACAGAAUCAGGAACAAACAAGGCAUUAAUGGGACCGUUACCUGGAUCAGGUUGAUUCUGCUGAGCUUGACGAACAUGUGAUUCAGUCUCCUAAGCAACAGCGGCAACAAUGCAUGUGGAUGGCAGGAUGGGGUCUGGCUUAGAACUGCAGCUGUCAGCAGUGAACUGGCGGGAAAGGGCGUCUGGCUUGACGUUUCUAGAUCCAGGGCGAUAAGUGAGUGAGAAAUUGAACCGACCAAAAAACAGAGCCCACCUUGCUUGUCGGGAGUUGAGACAGUUCUUGUGAUCCGUCCAGACUAUGAAGGAGUGAGCAGCACCUUCUAGCCAGUGAUGCCAUUCCUCUAAGGCUAACUUGACUGCCAGGAGUUCACGGUUUCCAAUGUCGUAGGUCAUUUCUGCAGAUGAGAGUUUUCGGGAAAAGAAUGCACAUGGCUGAAGUUUAUGGUCAGAAGGGGAACGUUGGGAUAACACUGCACCUACCCAGCCAGGAAUCAGUUAAUUGUAUUUAUUGUAGAGCCAGAGAGAGAGAGAGAGAGAGAGAGAGAGGGAGAGAGGGAGGGGAAGACAGCUACUGUGAUGUCAUUCCAGGGGCCGAUGUAAUACAGAAGUGCGUGGUUAAUAAUGAAUGGCUUCUGAACAACAAAUUAAAAACCCGACUCAGGAGAGGACGACUGUGAGGCGCUGUGAGGCUCACCUGUGAGAGCAUGGAGAAAGGCCUUGUGCUUGCUGCAGUGGCAGCAGGGUCGAUUUCGACUCACGGCUCUUUGCUGCGUGUCAUCCCAUCUGUCUCUGCCCCAUCACGCUGAUACUGUCCCAUCACAUAAAGGCUGAACAGUCAAAAAACAAAAAAAAAUCUUUAAAAAAAACAAGGCCAACUGUCGCUGAGCAGGAUGUGAACUCUCUGGUCAGGUUGAGGGGCGGGGCUCCAGUCAGCUGUGUUAAAGGGAAAAAGCAUCAAGACAACAGAGCGCCAGUGUGGGCACGUAUCCGGGCCAGAUAACCUUAUCACUGUGUUUCUACUGUGUGUGAUCUGUGUCAGCGAACCAGAGUCAGAGCCUCGUUACUGCUCCCUGUCAUUGCUGCUCAGGCCUGAUGAUGACACAAAGUCACAGUAACAGAGUAAAAUACUGUGGAAAUGUUUUGGAAAUAUGUCAGUCCAGAUGUGUGGAACAAAAAGGGACGAUUGUCCGUCAGAGUAGAUUCAGGGUCACUGUUCUUAAACACACACGUUUCAUGAUCCUGGUGUGACGUUUAAUGAGAGCGAUGUUUGUUUCAGCCUCCCUCUCUGUCCAACUCUCGUGUUUCCUCCUGAAUCUUUUACACUUAAACAGCAGGAAGAAGAAGAAGAAGAAGAAGAAGAAGAAGAAGAAGAAGAAGAAGAAGACGUCCACCCUGUGAUUCACAUUAACUCCUGAAUGUUCUGUGUUCUUCCUUGGUUGGUUUCAUCCUUCCACCAAGUUUCAUAAAAAUCUGGAGCCGUAUUCACAAACGUCCUGAGAAUCAGUCAGGGGUCAGAGGUUAGGAUGAUUCAGGAAUGUUUUCAGAGAAAGUUUGAGUGAUGAAGGGACAGAAACUGUGACCUCAGUGAGGAGGUGUGGUCGACCCUGUUGUUAGGUGUGAUGUGAUUGGUUGUCAGAGACACGCCCCUCUGUGAGCCUGUAAGGUGUGAGGACACCCAGUGGACAUGAGAUGAACUGCAUCACAAUAUGAGACUGAAGGUGUUGUUACUGUUAAGCCCCGUCUCCACCAAACCCUUUCAGUCCAGCACCUGUGGAACCAGCAGUAAGCCUUCAGACAUGGUACCUAGACCCUGGGUGUGUUCAGACAGUCCUCUUAAAUGUGGGCGGGGUUGUUGUCACUCACUGCUCCGUCCAGCACUCGCUGUAUUUCCUCAUCAGCGGUGACACAGAUGGAAGUCUGCACCUGGUUUAUCGUCCACAGAACGAGGCUGCACGCCCACAUUUUCACAACAAAAUAGAACAGGCUGCAGUGAGAGUCUCUCUCCAUGGGAUAUUUCAAAAUAGCAGCUUUGUGCAUUUAGUCCUUCUCAGGCAAGCUCAGGGGUUUAGUGUUGCUGUAGCCCACAGGAAGUGAGGAUUAGAAUAUAUGACCUUCAUAUAAUCCGCUCCAAAUGAAUCUAUAUUUUUAAAGUCAUUACUAAAAGUGUGUGUCAUAUAAAAACUAAAGUGAUGGUCAAAGUUGUCACAGUGAAAUUUAAGGUGUGCUGAUGGAUUCACGUCAUCAACUCAUGCAUUGAGUAACAUUACAAGUUAACGUUCCACCUUAAAAGUUGCCGGCAGUCGGCCCAGUGAAUGAAGUUAUUUUUUUCUCUUUCAUUUUAUAGUUGUAGUUUACUGAUGUAUGAACAGAGGUUACAUAAAACCAGAGUGAGCGUCCUCUACUGACCAAUCAGACUGCAGGGUUUCUAGCUCCACCUUUUAGUACCAGAUCUGUGUGCUAGGUACCCCAACAGAGGGGGGACCAAACAUGGGGACGCUAAGGAACGCUUCUGUUGGGACCAUCCACAACUUUCACUGUGGAGACAGAAACUAUGAACAGCUGGGAGGAGGCGGGGCUUCAGUCGUGAUCACUGCUGAUGAAGGUUGAGACAGACUCAACUCAUUACUGAUGUGUUUUUACAGUUUUUCUCAGUGAUGUCAUGAUUUUAUUUCCAGUGUUAUAGUGUUGUUUCAUUGGGUGGGAAAUGUGUGCGUCUCCCUGAUGACAUAAUCUAAUCUGUAGCAUUUCAUUUCCUCUGUCCACCACGUUUGGAGAAUAUUUUCCUGACCUCUCUGUGUUUCCACCAUUUUCUCCUCUGAUUCACAAACUCUAUAAGUCCUCCUCCUCCUAAAGUAAUAAAUAAGAGGGAACGACCCCUCACCUCCUGACUCAGAUUCAAAAUAGUUCCAUGUCAGAUACACUCUAACUGUAUUUACUGUACCUACGUGUAUAAAACACACACCUGUACCUGUACAUACUGCACACCUGUUUACACCUGUUUCUGUCGUGAUUUAUCCUGUUUCCUCUCAGCAUAGUCUCACUCUGAUUUCAGUCUGAACAACUCAAGAGGAGAAGUCGAAUACGACUCCCAGAGAGCAUUGCUGUAAGAGUCAUGCCAUCAGAAAGCUUCAGGUGUAAACCAAUAAGGAGACCCAGGGGUGAGAUGUAGCUGUAACAGAUGGAGGACCCAGGAUUGAGCCCUGAGGGACACCACAGCUGUCAGAACAAAACCAGUCAGGAUCAGUUUGUGUUCAGAGGAUUAAAAAUCUGUCCUUAAGACGUUUUAGUUAAACUGCAGUAAAUUCACCACUGAUUUUUUUUAACCUUUUUAUUUUAAUAAAGAUAAACUCACUAGAGACACAGCAUCCUCAGUUCACCAAACCUCCUCCAGACUCACUGAGACAUUCAGACUGAAUCCUCUCAUUACUCCCAUCAAUUAAUUGUAACAAUAUAAUUAACAUAUGUAUUUUAAAGUGAUUCAUUAAUGGAUAUAUUAAGGUAUUUUAAGGGUUAAACUCCCUUUCAAUUGAUUAAACAACAUGAAAGAAGUUCAUUAAUUUAUACAUUAAAAUAACUUAAUUUAUCAAGCAAUCUUAAACCCUUAAUUUAAACCAUUAAAUGAAAUAUGAUCCAUUAGUUUUCCAUGAAUUAUCCCCAAAUUUCAGGGUCCCUGUAAUGUUACUCUGAAAAACAGUUUUUACCCUUUAAAUAAUAAUAAAAAAAACCCCUCUUAAUAACCUGGAAAUUAAAGUCAUGUUCUUCUUGAAAUCUCCUUUAUUAAGUGCUUUUUAAGUUACAUUUUUUUAGUGGGUUUAGUUUUUAUGAAUUAAAGGCAUGGUUCAAUUUUAAGUUUUUUUUUAAAGGGGUUAUUUAAGGCAUGACUAAGGGAUUGUUGUUCUGUGUUUUGAUGGAGUAAUAAAAUCAGGGAGUGUCUUCUGUUGUCACAUGAUUUUAUUAUUUUUUGAUGCCAGAUAAAGAGACAUUCUGGUUAGCCUAGCUUAGCACAAAGACUGGAGACAGAAGGGAACAGUUAGCCUAGCAUGUAACUUCACUGUCAGUUAAACUUAUCACCAAAGAAAACAGAAAACAUUAUUAUGACCUUAAUGUCUCGGUCAGGUUCAUGUCAGAAUAAAUAAAUAAAAUUGUUGUUGCCUCUCAUACUUGUGUUAUGUUUUUCCAUAAUGAGUUAAUGAUCUGGUCGUUAAGAGUUUAACCUUUAUUUAUUCACAGUUUGUGUCUGAAGGAGAAUUAAACUGAUUUCAAUAAAAGGUCUUUUGACUGAAGAUGUUUGUUUAUGUUGUUUUAUGUGAAAUAUGACCUGAAGGAAAACUCAUCAGUCUGUUCCUGCAACACUGCUCUGCUGCCGGGACUGAGUUGGGACUGAGCUGGGACUGAGCCGGGACUGAGUUGGGACUGAGUUGGGACUGAGCCGGGACUGAGUUG